CUCGUAAAGCAUGAGAUCGCUGGAGAGUGAGUACGUGCUUGGUCUUCACUAAUCACUAUUCACUGUAUUCUUCUUUCCUCAUCUUCCCGCCGGGUCUCGGCCGUUUUUAAAUGUCCUAGUUCAUAAACCCUAGAUUCUCAAGCCCACCUUCUCUCUUCUAUCUAUCCAAAUCCAACUCCGCCUUAAAAUUUUCGUCGGGAAUCGCGCUUCAUCUGAGGCUCUCUUCUCAGGCUAGAAGCUAAUGAAUUUUGAUCUUGGAAUCAAUUGAUGGGUAGAGUGUAUAAUGGAAGCAAUAAUUCCACCAAAACUUCUGAAGAGCAAGAAACUCGAACGAAAGUACUUGAAUUUUUGGUGACAAAGAAUUUUGCUCAAAAAAUUCAAAAGAUAAGGUCCAAGGGGUUUCUUUUGGAGCGACGAGUUAGCCCAAGACUUAAAAACAUACCCAAAGAUAAAAGACCAUAUUAUGGCUGCAAUCAAACGAGGCAAUUAUGUGGCAGCGGAAAAACUGAAGAUGAUGAUGAGAAGACGCAAAUUGAUUCUCCUGAAGAUAGUGCUGGCACCAACAAAGAUAAAGUUGGCAUUAAUGCAAGAAAGAACCUCUCUCAGCAUGUUCCAAAGAAAAGAUCAGAGGGGGUUUUCUUGGAGCGAAGAGUUAGCCCUAGGCUUAAAGAUAUAUCUGCAGACAAAAGACCAUAUUAUGGCAGUGUUCAGAGGCAGAAGAUACAUGGUCCUACAGAUUAUGCACGGUACAGAAAAACUGAAGAUAAUGAUUGGAAGAGGCCAUUGGAUUCUCCCAAAGAUAAUGCUGGAAAGGAAAAAACUAAAGCUGACAUUACAUUUACAAAGAACACUGUGCAACGAGUUCCAAACAUAAGGUCAGAUGGAUAUCUUUUGAAGCAAAGAGUUAGCCCAAGACUUAAAAAUACACCUGCAGAUAAAAGACCAUUUUAUGGUAGAGAUCAAAGGAGGCAGCUGGCUGCUAUUAAAUAUGACCUCCGUGAAAGAAAAAAUAAAAAUGAUAACCAGAUGAGUCUGCUACAUUAUCCUGAUGGUAAUGUUAAUGAGAGAAAAAGUAAAGUUGAUCACUUGAUACAAGAACAUCUACUUGAUUUGACUAGAAAAGAUGCUGAAGAUAGAGGUAGCAAAAGUGAUUUUGUCCUUGGCUUUGCACCUGUUGAGCAUGGUGAUACACCAAUUAUGGAUUUAAAAGAGGGAGCUCAUUUGGAAUGCGCAAGUUGUGAAAGUUUUCUUGCUGACAGUAUGCAUCAAACGUGUAGUGCAAGGGUGAUGGCUGUUUCCCCUUUGAUGUUAAAAUGCAAAGGUAUCAAUAAUUGGGGUCAGAAUUCUAGCAAGAAAGAAACUGAAAAUGACGUAUUUGAUGUUAACAUGAUAAAGAAAAUUGGGCAACAAUUUCAAAAGUUAACUCUUUUAGAGCGAAGAGUUAGUCCAAGACUUAAAAAUAUACCCAAAGAGAAAAGACCAUAUUAUGGCAGUAAUUCGAAGGUGCAGUUAAAUGCUGCUAAAGAUUAUGUCUGCAACAACAAUGAUCAGAAGAGGCAAUUCCAUUGUCCUGAAGAUAACACUAAGAAGAAAAAAACUAAAGUCAAUCACUCAACGCAGCAAAGUCUAUCAAAAGUGGCUGUGAAAAAUACAUAUGAUAGAGAUUCUGAAAGUCUGAUGGCCUCUGGUUUUGGACUUGUUAAAUGCAAAAGUAUGGAAAUAAUGAGUUUAGAAAAUGGUGCUUAUGUGAAAUCAAUGGACCAUAAGAGGUUGUUAUCCAAUCAUAUGCGUCACAAGGCUGGUGCAAAGGAUUGCAUUGAACCGGAGAGUGUGUCUAAAGAUUAUUCUAAAUUGCCAGGCUUGGUGUGUGAGGACAUAUCUUAUGGUGAAGAAGAUAUACCUAUUCCUGUUACAAAUAUGAUUGAUCCUCCUAUUGCUCCUGCAGGGUUUAAAUAUACCAACUCUAUUCACAUUGCAACAAAUGUGAGCAUUCCCCCGAGUCCUUCUGGAUGCAAUUGCAAAGGAAACUGUACUAAUCCAAAGUCUUGUUCCUGUGCUCGACUUAAUGGCUCUGACUUCCCAUAUGUGCGCAAAGAUGGUGGCAGAUUGACUGAACCAAAGGAUGUGGUGUUUGAAUGUGGUCCAGGAUGUGGAUGUGGACCAAAUUGCAUCAACCGUAUAUCACAGCGGGGGUUGAAGUACCGACUUGAGGUAUACCGUACACUGAACAAGGGAUGGGCCGUUAGGUCUUGGGACUUCAUUCCUUCUGGGGCUCCAGUGUGUGAAUACACAGGAAUUCUUAGGAGGAGUGCAGAGUUAGAUAAUGUCUCAGAGAAUGAGUUCAUUUUUCAGAUUGAUUGCUGGCAUACAAUGAAUGGGAUAGGGCGAAGAGAGAGGCGACAAGGUGGUGUGUCUCGUCAUGCACGUAAUCUCAUAAAGAAAUUGGAUAAAGCAGAAACCGAGUCAGAGUUUUGCAUAGAUGGAGUUUCCUGUGGUAAUGUUACCAGAUUUAUUAAUCAUAGCUGUGAGCCUAACCUAUUUGUCCAGUGUAUUUUAAGCUCCCACCAUGACAUUAGACUUGCUCAGAUUGUGCUAUUUGCUGCAGAUGACAUACCUCCUAUGCAGGAACUCGCAUAUGACUAUGGUUUUGAACUUGAUAGUGUUAUUGGUCCUGAUGGGAAAAUAAAAAAAUUGCCAUGCUAUUGCGGUUCAAGUGAAUGUCGGGGGCGAUUAUACUAGGCACAGCAAAAGUUUCUAAAUUCAGGUUAUAUUCCAUUCACAGAGCAGUUUUGUUGAUGAUCUUCUUCUUCUUCUUUUUUUUUUUUUUUCUUUUUCUUUUGGCUCUUGCUGUAGCCUAUAGGGGCGUGCCCCUUGGAAAAGUGGAACUGUACUUCUCUAUUGCAAGUUUGUUCUAUGCAAAUCUUCCAUUCUUCCUGGAUUUUGUACAUGUGAGGGUAUACUUCUUGGCGUCAUUUUUGUCGAGAAGAAUAUUAUCAUGACAUGCAGUGAUCCUGGUUUGUGUGGACCUUAUUUGCUUGAUUUGCUCGGCUGCCUGUCAUUGAUUAAGUGCUUGGUGGUUAUGAAAUGGUUUAUCAUUCUUUGGUGAAUUUCUGAGAAGAUUAUGAAUUCUGUAGAAACUACAAAUUAUAUAAAUUUUGAGACAAAUUACCAUAUCAUGUAUCUUUGGGAAUAAUUUUAUCAACCAGGCAUUGUAACGCAAGAAUCACCUUUCUACC